AUGCCGCAUGUCCGACCCACUGAAUAUCCAAAAGUGAACUCUUCGUAUGUUCUCGAAUACGUCGAAGUAAUUCACCGACACCAUAAGCGCACUCCGUACGCCGCCAAUACUUUCCCAGUCGAGGUCUACCAAUGGCACUGUGAUAACGAGGCCCUCUUCUAUUACGGUGCCCCCUUGCCAACUCACGGUGCCAACCAUUCUGCCAAUACCUACUGGAGUGUAUACACCUCCCCAUCCAAUCCCCUGGUACUGCGAGGAUUUGAAGGAAACUGUCAGUUUCCACAGAUUACCCGCGGGGGGCUUGAUGAUAGCUGGCAGCAUGGCCAUGAUUUGUACAAAGUCUACCACCACCUGCUUGGGUUUCUACCGGAAAAAUACGAUUCAAAUCUUGUCGGUUUCCGUGUCACAAACAAUGUCAUCACCUCUCAGGUCGCCAGCAUGGUCACAUCUGGAAUGUUUGGCAGCGAUCUGGCUCAGCAGAACCUGCCCUUGCUCGUCCAACCCGUCAGCAUCGACAGUCUCGAGCCCUCAUACCCCUGCCCAGCGGCAGCUAGAAAUUUCUCCGCGUAUGGUCCCGGGAGCAGCGACCCAGGCUGGACCUCGCAUCUGAAGGCUGCAUCUGACCUAUUCGCAAACCUCGAUAAAAUCUCCGGUAUUUCACCUACAGAUUCAGGCUUCCACAUGUCCUUCGACCAUUAUUUCGACAAUCUUUCCUCACGACUCUGCCACGAAAAGCCGCUCCCCUGCAACGCCAGCAACACGUCCCUCUGUGUUACGCAGGAGAUGGCUGAUGAGGUAUUUCGAUUAGGGCAGUACGAAUACAGCUACCUCUAUCGAGACGCCGGGCCACGCACGCUGGAGUAUAGCGUUGGCCGUUUUGGCAUAUGGAUCGCAGAAUUGGCGGAAAAUUUACGACACGCAAUGCAUGCAACCGGCCCAGCGAUUACCGGCGACAGAACGAAUGGCGGCAUGAGAUAUCGACACAAUGUUGCCCAUGAUGGGAGUAUUAGCUAUAUAUUGAGCAUUUUGCAGGUAGAAAAGAUGGUAUGGCCUGGGAUGGGCAGUGAGCUGAUAUUCGAGCUAUAUAGAGGGAAAGUGGACCACAAGUACUAUAUUAGAGUACUGUGGGGUGGCCAAGUGCUGAAAAGUAGCAACCCAACACUUGGUGAUUUUGCUAUGCUCGAAGCUGAGAUCCUUCUUGCCUAUUUUGAUGGGCUUGUAGGUCAAAGAGCAGCGAAGAUACCUCACCUGUGUAGCUUGUGA